UAGUAGGUUGUUCCAGCACUUUCCAAAAUCAAAAAAGAGAAUUUGAGUCAUAUCUCGUAUCAUCAAGAAAAAAUGGCAGAGGAAUUUGCUUUAGAUUUGGAGGAGCUUCGUCACCUACAUGAAAUCGCGAAACGACCUCGAAUCCUUUCUCUUCUCACCUCCGAGAUUCGUAACUUAGAAAAGUUAUCGUCUGAGGCAACAUCUACCGCACGUGCGUCACAGAUUCCGAUUCCAGCACCAAUUGCAACCGGAACUACGGUCUCACCUUCACCUGCACGCAGUUAUUCUCCUCUUGCUUCUUUCAGUUGGGAUCAGGAUAAUGACAAAGUCAAGAUAUAUGUGUCACUAGAGGGAGUUGAUGAAACCAAGAUCGAAUCUGAGUUUAAGCCAAAUUCGUUUGAUGUCAAGUUCCAUGAUAUUCAAGGGAAGAACUAUCGAUUUGCAGUAGUGAAAUUGCACAAGGACAUAGUACCAGAGAAUUGUAAGAUUUUGGUCAAGCCUAAAAGGGUAAUCAUCACUUUGGUGAAGGCUUCCAAAGCAAACUGGCUAGAUUUGCACUUCAAAGAAGAUAAGCUGAAGCCAGCCAUGGAUAAAGAGAAAGACCCAAUGGCAGGAAUCAUGGACUUGAUGAAGAAUAUGUACGAGGAUGGGGACGAGGAAAUGAAGAAAACAAUUGCAAAAGCAUGGACUGAUGCUAGAACUGGAAAAACAGCUGACCCUUUAAGUAGCUAUCGUUGAGCAACUCCCAGUGGUUUAGGUGUUCAAUUCCUGUUUUUGGAGAGUGAUAUGCUUCACUUAAUUUCAUGAUUUUAUUUAAUGUUAUGAAAUGAAUGCUUGGUUUAGAAUUUUAGAUACAUUGCACUGUAGGAGUCGAUGUUCGGUUACUAUUGUUGCUUAAGUUCUUUCUUAUUAAAAGAUGUGAUUUUUGCCCAAGUUCGCUCCAAUCCAUCUCUUUGUUGUGGGUCUUUCAUGAUGCUUUGUAUAUGUAAGUACUUUGAGGAUUGGUGGGCUAGAUAUGCAUAUGUUAGAUAGCUACCGAGAGAUCAAAUCUCAGAGAGCAAUGGAUUGAAAGAUAUGUUUUUGGAUUAAAUUCUGAUGAACUUUUAUCAUGGCAUUUAAUUAAAGAUAAACACUUA